AAACCGACAUGAAAACUUUCAAUAUUUUGUAUUAUUAUAUUCACCAUCUUUUAUGAUUGAUAACUAGUUUACAAGGUCAUCUGUUUAUAAGAUAUCGUUCAAGCUUAUUUAAGUGGCGUGUAUUAUCUAACCUUGAUUUAUAGCAACCUAAACUUCAAUUCGUAGAAAUAGUUUCGUUUUCGUUGUAAAGGAAAUUAGAAUUUAUUCCUGGAUGCAUUUUAGCGUAAGUUGGACAAAAUGAUUUGGCAGAAAUUAACGAUAACUACAAGAUUAACUAUAUGUGGAUUAAUUCAGUUGACUUCAGGCGGGAAUAUUUCUAUACAGAAACCCGGUAAUCAGACUGGUGAGAAGCCAUAUGAAUGUGGUAGAAAUGUUACACUCACUUGUAAGUUUAAGAAGAACACAUUUGCCAUUGUGUGGAUGAAAGCAACCGAUAUUAAACCAAUUGCAAAAUGUACGCAAAAUAAUUGCUUUUUAACCUCUGAAAAUAACGGACAGUACACGUUUACAUAUGAUAUUCAGGGCAUCUUCAAUUUGACAGUUAUAGAGAUAACCAAGAAAGACAACGGGAGAAAGUUGAUUUGUUCAGAUGGUUCUGACAGCGAUUAUGAAGUUAUACAAGUUUCAGACUAUGAGCCUCUUCUUUUUGAAGAUACAAUAAAUGGGACUGUCAGGGCGAUAUCGGGUUGUAUAUCUCAAGACAUUGAAGUUUCUUUUAAAUGGAUAAAGGUGUCAGUUAGUAGUGGCAUUGAGGAGGAAAUAAUUCCAACAAUUCAUGAUGAUUAUACAAGAAAUUGUUCGAAUGAUUCUGAUUGCGGGUAUGAUCAGCAAGUACAGUAUUCAGAGAUGAUUUCUGCCAAAUCUAAUGACAAUGGGAAAUAUGUUCUGAAAGUCUUAGCGGUAUUUGGAAAUGAAAGCAAAGAGUCAUGCAAUACUGCUUACAAGUACAUGAUUGAAGAACAUGAUAAUAAACGGACCAACAAUGAAACGGUUAUUGGAUUUGUUGUUACUGGUGGUUUUCUUGGAGUUUCAAUUGCAAUUCUUCUGUUGUGGAAAUGUCGGAAAAGACGAAGGAAAGAAGAAGAGGAAUUUUGUCCGCAAAAGCUUAGCGAACAAUACACACAAAAGAAGUUAAACGAAAAAAGAGAUACUUCAACCAAACCACUGUUUGAAGAACAAGGCGAUUCAUGAAUGAAAAAGUCAAAAGAGCUAAGAGAAACCACCGUCCAUCU